UUCCCUCCAAUUUAUUCUUUUUUUUUUAAUUUUUUUAAAUUUUUUUCAUUUAUUUUUAAUACUCAUUUGUCCUUUCACGAUUGUCUACUUCAAAGUCUUGGCCAAACACUACACACCUUACUUUUUACUCAUAGUCCUCUUUCCAAUUUGCCAUUGUAGUGGCGGUGUCUGCUUUUAUUUAUGCAGCUUUUAUUUUGCUUCCUGCAAUGACUGCUUUAGUAAAAGAAUUUGUCUCUUUAACCCUUUUUUACUACUCCUCUUUAAACCUUUAAAGUCCCCCUUUUUUCUUUUUGUUUUCCAUAAUUAAAGACUGUGUGAUAUGAAAAAAAGAGAGAAGAGUCCUUUUUUUGCGCCGCCAUCUAAAUAGAAAUGACUGGCUUUUUUACCCAAGUCCCUGAUGGUCCCCAUUUAUUUUUAGCUUUUAAUACUAGAGAGUAAAUGAACUUUUUUUUGCUAUUUAGGCAAUAUACCUAAUUCAUUUUCUUUUUGGCCUAUUUGUUUUCUGUCAUUUCUCCUUUUUUGCUUUCUAUCAUUUUUUCUGUCACUUUUGUUUUUAUUUAAAAAAAUUUGGCAUGCUUAAUCUUCAGACAUUUUUAAAACAAAUUCAUUAUUUUCCAACCCUUUAAACACUUCAAUAAAGUUUGUUUGUUUAAAUUUCAAUUGCUCGACUCUUCCGUAUUUCCUUCAAGAUGAUUGUUUAAAAAUAAACACGUUCUUGACAAGUAAAACGUCUCUUCUUAUACAUAGCAUUGCUAUUUAAUUUAAGCCCUUCACCCUUUCAUUCGAUCGUUAUUCAUUUUAAUAUUUUUACAAUUAGAGAGAGAAGGGUUAUCCAUCGAACGAGCAAAGUACAUACAUCAUUUUUAUUUUUUUUGCUAUUAAUUAUUUUUUUAGAUUUUUUCCAAUUAGGGAGCAUUAAUCAUUUCGUAUUUUAGUUUUAUAAAAUCGUAUUUUUUAACCAAACUGAUUCCAUAUAUUUUUAACAAGUAAACACAUUUUAACUUUACACGCGAUUAAAAAUGAUAAAAAAAUUAAUCGGCGUAAUCAAUUUUAUAAUCGAAAAGAAGUCAAAAAUUUAUGAGAUACGUAUAGAUUAAGGAAGGGAGAGUUCGUGGGUAAUUCCUUCUUAUUUCGAAAGCAAAGCAAGAGUUGAGCAAUUAUAUUUUGAUUGCUGGCUAUUUUUUCUUUUCUAAUCAAGUGUCUGUUAAUCAAUCAAACCUUUUUAUUUUGUAGAAAAAACUUUUUUUGCAUUCGACAUAUUUUUGUUUUCAUAAUUAAAAAUACAAUAUCUUUUCAUUCUAAUCAUCUCUAAUUAAUUAAAUAUUUUAGAUGGUUAUUAUUAGUGAAGAACAAUUGGAAUAUGCAGCUAAAAAUUCUCUUUGGAGACCUCAGCUUGAAAAGGAUGCUUGUGGAGUUGGUUUCUGUGCCUCGGUAAAAGGGAUUCAAACUCAUGAGAUUCUCAAGGCUGGACGUGUAAUGCUUGAACGGAUGGCUCAUCGUGGUGCAUGUGUUGGUGACAACGACUCAGGUGAUGGAGCAGGUGUUAUGACAGCAAUUCCAGAUGACCUCUAUCGUGAAGACAUUAAAAGGACUAAUGAUAUUGACCUUCCUCCUCUUGGACAAUAUGCAACUGGAAUUCUCUUUCUUUCGCCCGAAUCAUACAAACAAGCAAAGGAGUCCUUUUCCGAUUUGGCGCGUGGUUGCAAACUACAAGUGCUCGCUUGGAGAAAAUUAAAAGUUAAUUCUGAUCACUUGGGAAGAGAAUCAAGAAAAACUGAACCUUUGAUGCGACAAGUUUUUGUAACAAGCGACUUUGCUUCAAAUCAAAAACGUUUUCAUCAAGCUAUUUAUUUAUUACGUAAACAGACGACAAUUAGAAUGUUACAGCAAGGAGUUAGUUGCUAUGUUGUUUCUCUUUCUGCUACCACAAUUGUUUAUAAGGGUCAAUUCACUUCUCAUCAGCUUUUUCUUUAUUAUGAUGAUUUACAGAAUCCUAAAUUUGUAACACAUUUGGCAAUGGUUCACUCAAGAUUUUCUACUAAUACAUUCCCAAGUUGGAGUAGGGCACAACCAAAUAGAAUGUUGGCUCACAAUGGAGAAAUUAAUACACUUAGAGGGAAUAUCAACUUUAUGAAGGCUAGAGAAGGAAUUAUGAGUUCUCGUGAAUAUGGUGAAAGCAUUCACAAACUUUAUCCUGUGGUAGAAAAUGAAAUGACUGAUUCAGGUUCUUUUGACAAUGUGUUAGAGUUUCUUGUGCAUGCUGGCAAUCGUUCAUUACCUGAAGCAGCAAUGACAAUGGUCCCAGAGGCUUGGGAAAAGGACGAGGAUAUGAAUCACGAAAAAAGGAUUUUCUAUCGGUGGGCAGCUAUGCAAAUGGAGCCCUGGGAUGGACCAGCUCUUUUGGCAUUCAGCGAUGGACACUAUAUUGGCGCUAUUCUCGAUCGAAAUGGUCUCAGACCAGCAAGAUAUUGCGUUACUGCUGAUGACCAUAUUUAUUUGGCUAGCGAAGUUGGUAUAAUUGAUUUGCCUGCCGAAUGUGUCGUUAAGAGGGACAGACUUCGGCCUGGAAGAAUGUUGCUUGUGGAUUUGAAGGAAAAAUGUAUUGUAGAGGAUGAACAACUUAAGAUGCAAAUUGCGCAUUCGAGAAAUCAUAAAAAAUUGACAAUCAAUAGAAUUUAUUUGGAUCAAAUUAGGAAAGAUGAUGUGCUUAACCACGGAGCUGUAACUAAUGAAUAUUUGAUUAAAAGAGAGUUAAAACAAUUGAAAUUAAUUGGCAAAAGACCGGGUGGUGAUGGAAAAGAUCAUGGCAGAUUACGUGACAUUCAUUUGGACUCUGAUAGACGACUUCCACUAUUUUCAUAUACGCCGGACACUUUUUCAUUAAUUCUUGUACCAAUGAUUAUUGACAAGAAAGAGGCCCUUGGAUCAAUGGGAAACGAUGCUGCAUUAGCCUGCCUUUCUGAUUAUAGUCCAUUGCUUUAUUCUUAUUUCCAACAACUUUUUGCUCAAGUUACAAAUCCUCCAAUUGAUCCUUUUCGUGAACAGAUUGUAAUGUCUCUUCGAUGUCCAGUCGGGCCGGAAACAAAUUUACUAGAACCAGAAUUUGAAUUGGAGAGCCGAAUUCUUUUGGAUCAGCCAGUUCUUUCACUUGUGCUAAAACGAAUUAGCUUCAAGGGAUGGCGUUCAUAUGUAAUUAAUAUUGUUUAUCCAGCAAGGCAUGGGCAGAGAGGUUUGGUGCCAGCUUUAGACAGAAUAUGCAGCGAAGCUUGUUCCGCGGCGCUCGACGGUUAUCAAAUUUUAAUUCUUUCUGAUAGACAAGUUGACAAAGAUUACGUUCCAAUUAGUGCGCUCCUUGCUCUUGGUGCAAUCCACCAAUGUUUAAUAAAACAACGACUUCGUAUGAAAGUUGCAUUAAUUAUCGAGUCUGGUGAAGUAAAACAAGUUCACGAUUUUUGUGUUCUUCUUGGAUACGGUGCUGAUGCAAUUUGUCCUUAUAUGGUAUAUGAGACUUGUUAUCGACUUAGAACAAUGGGACUUUUGGAUAAAAAUCUGACAGACGAUGAUGUUGUUCAAGGGUAUAAAGCAGGAAUUGAACGAGGAAUUUAUAAAGGUGCACAAAUUUUUGAAAUUGUUGGACUGGGUCGAGAAGUAGUUGACAAAUGCUUUACUAAUUCAGUGUCUCGGCUUGGCGGUGCUGAUUUUGAAACUUUAGCAAUGGAGGCGAUUCGAAGACACCGGAUCGCCUAUCCAAAUGUUCCGAAUAGUGAUUUAUAUCUUUAUGGUGAUAGUAAGGUUUUAGUAAGUCCUGGAAUUUAUCAUUGGCGUGAUGGUGGAGAAAAACAUGUCAAUGAGCCGGUUAACAUAGCAAAACUUCAGGCUGCUGCUCGUUUAAACGAUGCUAAGAGUUAUCAAGAUUUUGCGAUAGCUUCAAAUCUUGCUCAACGCCUUUGCAGCCUUCGUGGUCAAUUGGAAAUCAAAACAAACGCUAAACUUCAAAUUCCAUUGGAUGAAGUUGAACCGGCAUCAGAAAUUGUGAAAAGAUUUGUCACUGGAGCAAUGUCUUUCGGAUCUAUAAGUAUGGAAGCUCAUACAUCAUUAGCGAUUGCCAUGAAUAAGAUCGGUGCAAAAUCCAACACAGGAGAAGGUGGUGAGAGGCCCGAACGCUAUCGAAAGGAUCAACCUAAAGACAACAAUAUUAGGUCAGCAAUCAAACAAGUUGCGUCUGCCCGCUUUGGUGUUAACAGCUCUUAUCUGGCAAAUGCCGACGAAUUACAAAUCAAAAUGGCUCAGGGAGCAAAGCCGGGCGAAGGAGGUGAACUUCCUGGUUACAAAGUAACGAGAGAAAUUGCCGCUACAAGAAAAUCAACUCCUGGAGUUGGACUCAUCUCUCCUCCUCCUCAUCAUGAUAUUUAUAGUAUUGAAGACCUCGCACAAUUAAUUUAUGAUUUAAAAUGUGCAAAUCCUAGAGCUCGAGUUAGUGUCAAAUUGGUUUCAGAGGCAGGCGUUGGUAUUGUUUCUGCAGGGGUGGCUAAAGGAGGUGCAGAUCAUGUUACUAUUUCUGGACAUGACGGUGGUACAGGAGCAAGUAGUUGGACUGGAAUAAAGCAUGCUGGUCUUCCUUGGGAACUUGGUGUUUCUGAAACUCAUCAAGUUCUGACAAUGAAUGAUUUACGUUCCCGCAUCGUACUUCAGGCUGAUGGACAAAUAAGAACUGGUCGUGAUGUGAUGGUUGCAGCUUUGUUAGGUGCAGAUGAAUACGGCAUGUCUACUGCACCUUUAAUCGUUCUUGGAUGUACAAUGAUGCGAAAAUGCCAUUUAAAUACAUGUCCAGUUGGUAUAGCCACUCAGGAUCCCGUUCUACGAGCAAAAUUUGAUGGAAAACCAGAGCAUGUCGUUAAUUAUAUGUUUAUGGUGGCCGAAGAUGUCCGCUAUUUUCUUUCGAAAUUGGGAUUGCGAAAAAUGAGUGAAGCUAUUGGCAGAGUAGAUUUACUUUAUGCGAAUCCACAUCCAAUGAACAACAAAGCAACCCUUCUAGAGUUUGCUCAAAUUUUACAUAAAGUUUCCUUGCAAUUCCCGCAGAUCAAUAUAAAAGGUGGAUCGACAAAACAGUUGCAUGAAUGUAAUGAUUUGGAAACUGAUAUAAUAGAAAAAGAACAAUUAAUAGAAUUCUUUGAUAACCCUUCAAAAGUUAAACACAUCAAAGAAAGAAUAAUAGGCAAUACGAACCGCUGUUUUGGUGCUCGACUUAGCUACGAGAUUUCUAUUCGUUAUGGAGAGGGAGGGUUGCCUGAUGGUCAUUCAUUGGAAAUUAAUUUAAAAGGAUCCGCUGGACAAAGUUUUUGUGCUUUUUUGGCAAAAGGAGUCACUGUCAGAUUGGAAGGCGAGGCGAAUGAUUAUGUUGGAAAGUGCCUUUCUGGAGGUGAAAUAAUAAUUCGGCCAUACAAAAAUUCUACUUAUGCUUCUGAAGAAAAUACAAUAAUUGGAAACGUAGCUCUUUAUGGCGCAACAUCUGGAACAGCAUUCUUCCGAGGAAUUGCUGGAGAACGUUUUGCAGUUCGUAAUUCUGGUGCUACUUCUGUUAUUGAGGGUGUGGGUGAUCAUGGUUGUGAAUACAUGACUGGUGGACGUGUUAUUAUUCUUAAUGGAAUUGGGAAAAACUUUGCUGCUGCAAUGAGUGGUGGAUUGGCAUUUGUCUACAAUAGGUGA